AUGGAAGAAACAACCAUGGAAGAGAUCAGACUUUUGAAGAAAGGCCAGUCAGCAGCAAACAUGAUGCAUCGUCUUCCUCGGGAAGUCAUCGUCAAUAUACCAUCCAGGCUUCCCUUCUCAUCUUUGUUGAGUUCAAAGCUGCACUUGGACGAGGCUGCCGGCAAUGAUCCGAGCUUCAUCUUGGAAAGCAACUGGCUUAUUCCCGAUCAGCUCUACUUCAUAGAUUUCUUCGAUAACAGUGAAGGCAAAGUGAUCUCAAAGAAGCUCCAGGCCAUUAAUUCUCCUACUAAUCCCAUGUUCCUGAUAGACUCAUGCAAUGGGUUGCUUUGCAUGCAUGAUCCAUCACGUAGGAUAUUCAUUUGCAACCCUUUUACCAGGCUUUACAUCGAGCUCCCCAAAUUGGUCAAGUACCCUUCACUUGUGGGGCAUUUGGUGUACGGUUUUCAUCAAACCACAAAGGAAUACAAAGUGAUUCAGAUAGCGGAGGUUCAGAUUCUUACCAUCGGAAGCCCUUGCUGGAGAAAUCUAGGAACAAUACCGUAUCGUUUCAUUCUUUCGAAACCUAAGGCUUUGGUCCACUGGAGAUUCCGUUGGCUUUCCAAGCCUAAAAAGCACACCACGGCUACCUUGCUUAUAUCGUUCGAUCUCGACACCGAGCGAUUCCAGGAGGUACCGAAGCCUGAUUGUCGUUGCGGUUCAGACAAGUGUUUCGGUCAACUUAUGGUCGUAAGAGGCUGUCUCUCGGCGAUCGCGUUUCACGAUAAUUACGGUGAACGAUUGGAGAAUUGGGUUAUGAAGGAAUACGGUGUGAAACAGUCUUGGAUCAAGGAGUUCAGCAUCGGCGCUUAUUGCUUGCCGACGACAUUAAUGCAACAAGAGAUCAUCCAGUCCAAUGCUUAUUUAAGACCUAAUCUGUCUGUUCGAUUUCUGACUGGUCAUAGUAGCGGGCAGAAAGCUUCAGAUUCUUCCUCAAUGCCAAGGAUGUCUGUCGGUAAGGCUGAAGUUGAGAGUUGUUCUUUGAGACUUAUAUUCAACGGUUCUCGUUGCUUUAGGAUAUCCGAUACACUUUGUACCACAGAAUCCCCUCCCAAGUUCAAAAAUCCAUUCUUCAUGAUGGAGUUAAGUUAG